GUCUACACUUUUUCCAACGAAAGACUGGGCGAGUCACACACCUUCACUUACCUGGCUUGUUAACCCUGAGUAUAUACUAGAGUGUUCUGCCUGCUUCCGGACGAGCAAGGAGACUCGUGGUCUGGUUCUUGGACUUCCCUAACAGCAUGGCCCCUAAACGCCAGUCUCCACUCCUGCUUGAAAAGAAGAAACCAAGACCACCUCCUGCUCUGGGACCAGAGGACACAUCAGCCUCUGCAGGCUUACUGAAGAAGGGAGAAAAAGAACAGCAAGAAGCAAUUGAACACAUUGAUGAAGUACAAAAUGAAAUAGACAGACUUAAUGAACAAGACAGUGAGGAGAUUUUGAAAGUAGAACAGAAAUAUAAAAAACUCUGCCAACCAUUUUUUCAGAAGAGGUCAGAAUUGAUCACCAAAAUACCAGAUUUUUGGGUAACAACAUUUGUCAGCCAUCCACAAAUGUCUGCACUGCUUGGGGAGGAGGAUGAAGAGGCACUGCAUUAUUUGACCAAAGUUGAAUUUGAAGAUAUUAAAUCAGGUUACAGAAUAGAUUUUUAUUUUGAUGAAAAUCCUUUCUUUGGAAAUAAAGUUUUCUCCAAAGAAUUUCAUCUGAAUGAGAGUGGUGAUCCAUCUUCGAAGUCCACUGAAAUCAAAUGGAAAUCUGGAAAGGAUUUGAUGAAAUGUUCAAGUCAAACGCAGAAUAAAGCCAGCAGGAAGAGGCAGCAUGAGGAACCAGAGAGCUGCUUUACCUGGUUUACUGACCAUUCUGAUGCAGGUGCUGAUAAGUUAGGAGAGCUCAUCAAAGAUGAUAUUUGGCCAAACCCAUUGCAGUACAACUUGGUUCCUAAUAUGGAUAAUGAAGAAGGAGAAGGAGAAGAAGAUGAUGAUGAUGAAGAGGAGGAAGGAUUAGAAGAUAUUGAUGAAGAAGGGGAUGAGGAUGAAGGUAAAGAAGAUGAAGAUGAUGAUGAAGGGGAGGAAGGAGAGGAGGAUGAAGGAGAAGAUGACAAAUAG